AAGUAAGUCACUCAAGCAUGUGAAGUAACAACAUUCGCCAGACAAACUGCUGUUGAGUAAGAUUUUGCAUCAAUGGAAGAGGAGUUUUUCUGGCGCUCGAGUGGGCCUAUUAAUGAGCGCGGAUAUCAUUGCCUCGGAAAAUUAUGGUUAUAUCGUCUGCGGUUACGGUGUGCGCGUCUCCGUCCUACCAAGCGAACCUAGGUGACGAUGAUCGUUUCGUUAUUCGAUUGGAAUUCAAUGCUCCCGUUGGUAUCACUGCUCCUAUUGGCCACACAAACGGCCAAUGGAAAAAUCGAGGUGGCCGUUGGCCAAUCCGAGUACAGAACUUUCUGCCACACGGAGGCGCCUCACUACGAUUCGGCGAGCCAGAGCCUUUUCUUCGUCGACACGUACGUGGGAAAAGUUUGUCGUCAUCAUCUAAAGUGGAAUGCGACAUAUUGCACUUGCUCUCUCGACCAUGUAUUAGGCUCGGUAGUUCCGGUGUCGAACCAGCCGGACUGGUACAUAAUUGGACUCGGGCCAUACUCGGCGAAAAUGUAUUGGGACGGCUACAUUCCCCACGCCGAGGUCCACAUCCUCGGCCGCCACGACGAAGACGCUGGGGCUGGGACCGUCUUCAACGAUGGCAAAGCUGACUGCGCCCAGAGGCUAUUCAUGGACACAAAAGGAAAUGCCAGUUUGUUUCAUUACACAAAACAAAGUUGCAACUUUGAAAAGGACAUUGAUAACGAGGAUGGUGCGAUUUACAACGGGAUCGCAUGGAACUCUGCCAGUGACAAAUUGUUUCUUGCCGAGACCGCACGAGCAGUAAUUUACUCCUUCGACUACAACAUCGAAAUCGGCAAAAUAAGUAAUCGAUCGGUUUUAUUCGAUUUCAAGGCGAACAAUGUAAAUGGGCUCCCGGAUGGAAUGGCAAUGGACGUGGAUGAUAAUUUAUGGGUGGCUGCGAUUUUCGGAUCUUAUGUAUACCAAAUCUCGACGCGGGACGGUACCCUACUGCGGGCGGUGAAGAUGCCAGCACGUGACGUCACAUCGGUCAUCUGGGGCGGUCCGAAGUUGGACACCCUCUUCGUGACGUCAUCGCAGCACAAUCUCAACGACGAGGAGAAGCGUCAGCAGCCGAGGGCGGGCUCGGUCUUCGCCGUUCGCGGACUGGGCACCAAAGGCCGAAGAGGGAACAACGCUGCCAUCUGCACCGCCGGCUGUGCAGAGGACGGAUGCACCCGCUCCCGGUGUGGCCAGGAGGUCGCCAGCCCCCCGGCUAGCGAGUUCCAGGUCGAGGGUUGCCUAUCCUCUCAGGGGCAUUCGCUUUCCUCCGACGAGACUCACUUCUAUUUUGGAGAUUUUAAGAGGAAAGCCAUCCAAGACUGAAUUGCUGCAAGGCGUAAACUAGGCAUUUUUCAAAAUUCGAGGACUUUUUUUAAACUAGAGUACCUUAUCUAUAGCGAGAGUAUGGACAGAUUGCUUAAUGGAGGGCUUAGGGCCCAAAAGUGCAGCCACCCUUCUGAGCAACUUCUAACACACAAAAUUUCACUACCAGCCUACAGAGUUCAAUUCUAACUAAGAUGGCCAAGAAUGUACAUAAAUGAGCGUUCCUUUGCAAAAAUAAGUAAAUUUAUGCUAAAAGUAAGCCAAAUACAUGCUUUAUAUAUAAACGGCGGUUCGUAACAAUUGUAUUUGUAAAUCGCUCUGGACAUUUGAAAUUCAUAGGUUAGCUGCAUUUCUGGGCCCUAACUAUUCGCGGAGGCAUUGGUGAAGGCCUGGUGGAUUUUCGGAGUUUCACAUCUGUCCAUACUCUUGCUAUACAGGUACUCUAUUUUUAACAUCAGUCUUUUUGCUAAAACUUUUUGCAAAAGAUCUCCUUUGUUCAUCCGCAGUAAAGUGACUUGAAAAAUCCA